AUGCCAAAGGUCAAUGUGAAGCGGCGCUCCGGCGCAUCCUCCUCCUCCUCAUCGCCCUACUCCAAGUCCUCGGCCGCCACGAACGCGAUCUUCAAAAUGAACACGGACAUUGGUCAGCACGUCCUCAAGAAUCCCGGCGUUGCCCAAGCAAUAGUUGACAAGGCGGACCUCAAACAAUCCGAUAUCGUGUUGGAAGUCGGCCCGGGCAGCGGAAAUCUCACGGUGAAGAUCCUGGAGAAGGCCAAAAAAUGUGUCGCGGUGGAAUUGGAUCCGCGCAUGGCUGCCGAAGUCACCAAACGAGUCCAGGGCACCCCUCAACAGAAGAGACUCGAUGUGCUCCUGGGGGACGUGAUCAAGACAGAACUGCCCUACUUCGACGUCUGCAUCUCCAAUACUCCCUACCAAAUCUCCUCGCCGUUGGUAUUCAAACUUCUGGCCACCACCCCCGCGCCCAGGGUGUGCAUAUUGAUGUUCCAGCGCGAGUUCGCCAUGCGCCUCUUCGCCAAACCCGGCGACAAGUUAUACUCGCGCCUCAGUGUCAAUGCGCAAAUGUGGGCCAAAAUAGAUCAUAUCAUGAAAGUCGGCAAGAACAACUUCAAGCCGCCCCCGCAGGUCGAAUCCAGUGUUGUGAGAUUGGUCCCGAAAGUCCCGCGACCGAACAUCAGUUAUGAGGAGUGGGACGGGCUUCUGAGGGUGUGUUUUGUGCGGAAGAACAAGACGCUGCGGGCGAACUUUUUGGGCACGAGCAGCGUUUUGAGCAUUCUGGAGCAGAGCUAUCGUACGUGGUGUGCGCAGAACGACAUACCGCUCGAAGAAGGGCCUGCCGACGACGCGAUGCUGAUGGAGGUCGAGAACAUUCAAGACGGUCCCCACGGCGAAGGGGACGAGGAAGAGGAAUGGUCCGGCUUCAUGGACGUCGACGACCAAGACGAAGACAGCCUCCCCAGCCUGCUGAAAGAGCAGUCCGGCAAAGCGCGACAGAACCAACCCACGGAGCGCUCCGUCUCGCGCAAGAAGCGCGACAAAGUCUUCCACCUCGUCCGGGAGAAAGUCCGCUCCGUCCUCGAAGACAAGACCGCUCUGGCGGACAAGCGGGCGCGCAUGUGCGACGAAGCCGACUUUUUGAAGCUGUUGUACCAUUUCAACCUGGAGGGCAUCCACUUCCUGGGGAUCAAGCACGGCGAGUAG